UUUUGUGUCAAUUUGUUUCAUAGAAUAAAUGCGUUAUUUAGCGAAAAAAAUUGUAAACGUGCAAAAGUUAUAUUAAAUUUUUGAAAGUUGGGGUUUUUAAUAAAAAUAUUCGGCAAUUUUAGACAAGAUUGGAAUGGAUUAGUAGCUUCGCGAGUGUGGCAGAGAGGACUAUUUGAUAACAUUUUAUUACCACAACGGUACAGAGAACGUCGUGCGCAUUUCAUUCAAUUUGCUUCCUUCGCAGAUCUUCAAUUUCGUUCAAUUUUAAAGAAGUUAAGAAUUCCAGUACAACAUGAAGACCAAAAGUAGAUGCUCAGAAGUUUUUCCACUUCAUGGCCGCAAUGUUUACGGAAAUCUUAUCCUCCAGAAAAGGAAUUCAAAUUUUAGCGAGAAAGACAUCUCUAAAUUUCUUCCAGCUAAGGUAGAUACUAAAUGCCUUCAUAGCGAACAUAUGAAAACCGAUACCAAGAAAGUUCCGAAGAGAAGUAAUUGCAGUAAUGUUGAAAAUGCUCUUGAUGCUGAUUUGAAAACUAGAACAUCCAAGAGUAUUUGUAAAAGUUGUGGAAGUUUUGAUGAAGUUAAAACCGAAGGAAGUAAAUCGUUAAAAUCUUCGAUCAUGUCCACUAUAUAUUCUAGUCUGUCAAUGGUGAAAAAACGUUCCAUUGUUAUUUCCAAUAGACGUAGACGUAAAAUUAAGAAGUUACGUCGCAAAUGUAAGCCUGCAGUGUGUAAAGCAUCUAGCAAUGAGAGCUAUUUCGUGACGAAACCAAGAAAAGACUUCAUAACUCAAAGCAAAGUUGUUGGUAACAAAAGCUGUGCAAUUUCAACAGAUAAGUGUACAUAUGGAUUUAAAAACACAACAAAGAAUAUCACUAAAACCAUAAGGAAGAAGAGAAAGACUGAGGAAAAAUCAGAAAAUCCUGCCGCCCCAGUUAGUGUUCAAUUGCAUUCUCUGAGGUCACAGAAUUCAAAGAAUAAAAAGGAAAACUUAAUGAAUCGCGUGAACUCGACAAAAAAACUUAAAAAGAAAAAUACAAAAGCCAUUCAAGAAAGACUCAUUCAGCGGUAUUUGGACCAAGAACAUGCGCUUGGUAGCUAUGUUCAUAAAUGCUCAAGUUCGGAACUGGGCCAUUAUAACAAUAGAAAAGACAAACAUUUCGUGCAUUUUAUAAAAAGGCCCAAUCCAGAAAAAGUUCUAGAAGAAAAAGUAUUCGAAGUAAAUAAUGAUUUACCAGGCGUAUCACCGAAGAAUUAUGUAACUAAUGAUGAUACACUUUUAUACAUGAAUAAUAUUCUACAAAAAGAUUUACGUUAUCCGUGUCAUUAUUCUGGUUGCCAACUCAAUGAAAAUCAAAACUUCCCGAAACAAAAUCUUUUUCAGCUAUUUCACGACGAAUCUAAUCAGAGUAGUUUUUCUGAAACAAGCGACGCAUCUAGUUCAGCUAUACCCAGCACAUUUAUACUAUUAGAUCGGGUUACUACUUCAACUGGCACUGAAACAUAUCAAAUUACUCGUACAGAAAAAGUAUCUAGUGAACUUCACAGAUCACUUCUGAGACCACGUCGUGAAAUAAUGCAAUUAUCUUCUAAGAAAUCAAUGACCAGUAAGAACCGAUCUCCUAAAUUGACUUGUUCGCGACGUUUUACUCAAGCCAAUACAAAAAGAAGGUCUAAAUUAUUAAAGAAGAAAAGCGUUGCACAGAAUUCAAUACCUACAGAAGAUUCUGCAUUAUUCAGAAAUAACAAAACUAAGAUUAUGCUUAAGUCUGAGAAUAUUUCUAAUUUAAUUGAUGGAGGUGCCUACAAGUAUCUUAUACCUUAUAUUGAACAAUCUACUACCUCAAACAUAAAUUAUCAACGAUCAAAGGAACUGAAGAAAGAUGAAAGUUUCGAUACUCCCCACGAGUUACCGGAAAGGAACUCAACUUCAAAACCAGUACAGACUGAUCUCGACCGCACUAUCAGGUUACUAUUUUUUGGUAGUCUGUCUGAAGACAACGAUUCUGUAUGUGUGAACAAAGGCUUUCAGGCGGUUACUGACUUAGAACAGAACUUGGUUGAAGAGGUAUUACCUGACACCACGGUUUUGGAAGCUCGUCCAGAUGUGCUAACUAGUUCUGGAGCUUUUGGAGCUGAUAAAGUUGCAGACAAUAAAACUGUCAUUCGUUAAGCAAGUUAAGAGCUCACACCUUAAGUGGUUUCAGUUUUAAUAGCAAAAAUAGCAAUGGGUAUUUUUAUAUUAUUAAAAAUUUAUUUG